AUGCUCUGGUGUAUCACAGAAGUUCUUUUAGCAAAUGAUGGCAUAAGAGAGUUCGCUGAAGUAAGAUUAUCUUCCACUACUUCAAUGGAUUCAAAUAAAGAUGAUCGAAAUAUGCCACAGGUUGGCAUGGUUGUAACGCAUAAGGUGGGAAGAUGGAAAGUUAUGAAGAACAUAGCGUCAGGCCCAUUCUCACAUGUGUUUAUCAUCGCUGACGCAGAAGAUACGAAAAAGAAGUAUGCCAUGAAAUGUGAAAAACAGGAGGGCAACAACAGGCCUGUACUAAAGCUAGAUGUAUUAGUGCUAAUGUCCGUGAAGGGCUCUGUAGGAUUCCCGCUCUUUAUCGCCGCAGGAAGGACUGCUACUUAUAGGUACUGCGUCAUGCAGCUUGUUGGACCUGACCUCGGCAAACUUAGGAGAAGCCUAGUCGACAAAAGGUUUUCGGUGCCAACUGCUCUAAGGGUUCUUCAGCAAACUCUACGACGGUUGGAAGUGUUACACGAUGCUGGAUGGUUAUGCCGAGACGUAAAAGCUCCAAAUUUUGCCAUAGGCUUGGGAAAUGAGAGCAGCGUUAUCUACAUGCUUGAUUUCGGAUUUGCUAGGAAAUACAAGGAAGCAAAUGGUGAAAUCAUACCUCCAAGGCAAGCGGCUGCGUUAUUGGGAACCUUCCAGUACACUCCUCUUGCCAGCCAUGAUCACAAAGAUCAGGCGCCAAAGGAUGACCUAGAAAGUUGGUUCUAUAUGGCAGCAGAAUUACUUAAAGGACCUCUACCAUGGUGUAGAAUAGAUGGGCACAAAGAACAUCUAGCGAUUGCCGCGCAGAAGAAGUUGAUACGGAAGGAACGCCGAGCAGAGUUCAUGAAAGGGAUGCCGCGCGAGUUUGACAAUAUUUUGACGAUGAUCGAUGAUAUGAAAUUCUUCGAUCGGCCACCUUACGACACUUUUCAAGCCAUGAUAGAUCAAGCAGCGGAAAAACUUGGAAUUACUCUGCAUGAACCAUUUGAUUGGCAGAGCAAUGCUCGUGUUCUGAGAAAAGCAGAAUUUGUUGGUGAACUCGGCGAAUCAAAUCUGGCAUCUUUAAAAAUGGAAGAAGAAGAAGGAGAAGAAAGUGAAUCUUUAGACGUUACACCUUCGACGUUGGAAAUUAAGAUUUAAUUAAAAAUUGUUUAUUG